AUGUAUCGUCUCUCUGUUCUUUGUGCCCUCCUCGCCUCAGCUUAUGCCGAGGAUGUGCCUCCACAGUUCGACGACGGUCAACUCACCGGUAACGGCUUUGGCAUUCCUGGUAUCAACGCUACCUACGAUUAUGUAAUUGUUGGUGGUGGGACUGCAGGAGCUCUCGCAGCAGCUCGUUUGACUGAGCAUACCAACGCCACUGUCGCUUUGGUUGAGGCGGGAGGCUUCUAUGAGCUGAGUAACGGCAAUGUCAGCCAACUGCCCUUUAGAAUUAAUGAUUGGAAAGGUUCCGGUGGCGCAAAUAGCUGGCAACCACUCAUUGACUGGGGCUACUUCACUGAACCGCAGAAUAAUGGAAAGAAAAUACACUAUGCACAAGGGCGAACCUUUGGUGGCAGCAGCGCCAGAAAUCUGAUGAUGCUCAACCGUCCGACAAAAGGCGCUUACCAACACUGGGCUGAGAAAGUCGGCGACGAUGCUUUCACCUGGGACAAUAUGCUAGAGUUUAACCAACGGACUAUCAAGUUCUCAGAAAAUACCCAUCGCCGACCCGCAAACUCCACGCCACUAUCUGACUUCUCUGCAUUCUCUGAUAAGGGAGGCCCAUUGCAUCUCACCUAUCCAAGUUACGUAUUUCCAGUCUCAUGGGACGCUAUCAAGGCGUUCGAGGCGCUGGGGUUCAAGCAAAUCCCAAGCUUUACUUCUGGUGUCUUGCAAGGUUGGGGAUGGUGGCAAUUCUCUAUCAACCCCGAGACUGGUCUUCGAGACUCUUCUGAGAGUUCGUUCCUUCAACAAUCUCUUGGAAAACGUGGUUUGACUACAUACAUCAAUACCAUGGCUCGCAAGGUUCUGUUUUCUGGUACCAAGGCUGUUGGUGUCACUGUCGACAACUACGGCCAGCAGCCGUUCAACCUGACGGCCAGGAAGGAAGUCAUCGUUGCCGCUGGGCUCUGGAGUACGCCUCAGCUUCUGAUGGUAUCUGGAAUUGGACCUAAAGAGACACUAAAGAAGUUCGAUAUCCCUGUCUUGUCAAAUCUUGAGGGCGUAGGUCAAGGAACACAUGAUUCGGCUGCCGUUCAUGGGCCAAUCUGGGAGAUUGAAGGCCUCUCAAUCGGAGGCUGGAAACAGCCAGAGAAAUUCCAAGAAGCGGUCACCGAGUUCAAUCGGUUCAAGAAAGGACCAUUGACCAACGGAGGUGUUGACGUUGGCGCGUUCGAGAAGAUCCCCCUCGCGAAUCUGAGCAAGAAAGCCCAGGAAGAUCUCGCCCAGUACCCCGACGACUGGCCGGAAGUCGAGUACAUUAUGCAAAUGGUUGAUACUCCAUCUGGUGCAACUGGCAAGAACUAUGCUGCUAUGACCAUUAGAAUGGUUGGGACUGUGAGUCGUGGAAACAUGACCAUUGCGUCGGCGAGCAACCUAGAUGCUCCCAUCAUCAAUCCGAACUGGCUGCUUGCAGACACGGAUAAAGAAGUAGCGCUAUACGCACUGCGAAGAGCUCGAGAGUUGUGGAAGCACAUUCCUUCUCGCAUUGGAGAGGAAGUCUAUCCAGGUGCUAAUAUUACGAGUGACGCGCAUCUGUUGGACUUGACAUAUGACAAUCUAGACCCAACCCAUCACGGCACCGCAUCUUGCGCAAUGGGUAAAGCUGACGAUCCUUUGGCCGUAGUCGACUCCAAGGGCCGCGUCUUUGGCGUCAAGAACUUGCGCUUGGUCGACUCUUCUACCAUGCCGCUUACACCACCUGGCCAUACCAUGGGUCCAACUUAUGCCAAUGCGGAGAAGUUGAUUCAAGACAUCAUCGAUGCGUAUGAAGCUUCGCUGUGA